AUGCCUCCCUACUACAUUGGCAAUCUUGCCAUCUCCAGAAUUAAAGAUGAUGGGAAUGUUGAGACCAUCAGAUACCCUUGCAAAUAUGGAUAUCCUUUUGGUCAGCCCAGCGACUACACGACGACCGAGUUGGGGCAGCAGCUCUUGGAACAAUUCUUUGAAUACAACAUGCACGUCAUGAAGGAUCUCAAGAUUCGCGACGGCAUCGACCUCAUUGCAAUGGCUCAGAAGAAGGAGGCCUUGGUGGAACAUGCUCGUAAAAGAAACAAGCUCGGGCCUCUGCGUGUGUACUUGACAAGCUGGAACCUCCUCGCUCCCUGGCUCACCAGGUACCCUGACAAUUAUCCCCUUCCACCUGUAAAUUGUCAGUGGUUUAAAGAAGAUCUUGGAAAGCUCAUUCUGUUGAAGCUGAUGAUUGUCAAUCCAAUUGCGAACCCUGACAUGGCCCAUACCAUCUGCAUCCGAACUAACACCCAGUACGACGAAAUGUGUCUUCGGUACAAGUAUUGGAUGGAUUUUGACCUCGAGACACUUCCAGAUGAGACAGUCUACCUUGUCAAGUUCGGUCAUUUGGAAACGGAGAUUGUUGCCAAUGUUCUUUGCCGGAAUGCGUCGCACGAAGACGAGGAGAUCGCCAAAUUGGCCGGAGAAGCUCUUGAAGCGAUCGAGAGUCAUUUCGAAGAUGUCGACGUUCCUGCAGAGGUGGAAACCAACAAGCCGCCUGUGAUUAUUGAGCUCUUUCCCACAGCUAGCGAGGAUGACUCCGAUUCCACCCCUGACUUGGCACCAUUUGCAUACACUGGAGGUACCUCUCGGGGCUCUCCAUCUCCUUCUUUCCAGCAUUGCUCUCAGUUGUCGCAACCAAGCAUUUUGCCUGUUCAGAAGAAAUCGCCCAACCCAUCCCCAACUAAGCGUCACCGCGAAGACACUCCCAGCACCACUUGUUUGAGUCGAGCUUUUCCAGAGAGUGAUUCGGCCUUUGCUUCUGGUGGUUAUGAGCAGAAUCACUCCGCCAGCGAUGCCAGUGACGCCUGCAAUGAAGCCGAUGCGCCCGUACGUGACAUCCAGAAGAUUAUGGAAGAGGGCUUUGCCGAAAUGAGACGCCGCGAGGAGGAGGGCAGUGAAUUCGAUGACAGUGCAACCCAUCUCAACUCUUAUUUGUACAGUGGAGGCAAGGACUAG